AUGGUGCUUAAAACAUUUCAACUAGAUAAAAAACAAUUCAUAAAAGCAGAACCAUUAACACCAGAAUCAUUUUCAAAUUAUGGUGGAGUUAUAAGUGCUGAUCAUCAAAUCAAUAAAUUGAAUGAUAAAUCAAAUGCAAAUUAUGGUACUGCAAUAAAAGUUCAUAAAGUAGCUCCAAUAAUAAAUAAUUAUUAUAAUUCAAAAUCUGGUAAAAAGGAAACUGCAAAUUGGAAUAUUUUUAGAUGUAAAGCUCCUAAACAUCUUAUAAAACAUGGUGGAUUAAAAUCAAUUUAUUUAUCAAAAGUAUUAGAAAGACAUCCAUAUACUACUCAAACAUUUAUACCAAUGGGUCAAGAUCUAAACAAGUUAUCAUAUUUGGUAAUAGUUGCCAAUACCGAUGAAUCAACAACUGAAAAAUUACCAAACCCUCAUGAAAUAAAAGCAUUUUUAUGUAAAGGAAAUCAAUCUAUAACUUAUGGACCAGGAAUAUGGCAUGCACCAAUGGUUGUUAUUGAUGAAAAUAUACCAUAUUUGGAUUUUGCUGUUUUGAUUCAUGAAAAUGGAGUAGUUGAUGAAGAUUGUCAAGAAUGUUAUUUUGAUCCUGGUUUUAAUAUUGAAUAUCAAUUAGAUUUUACAAAAUUAUAG